AUGCGGCCGUCAAUUGCAGCCAUACUGGCUGUGUGUGUUUGUUCCUCUGAGGCUGCGAUAAUUGGUGUUUUGGCGCCUGAGUCGAUCCGGAUUGGUUCCGUGGCCGAUCUCAAGAUCUGGACUGGCAGUGUAAAGCCACGCGCCGAUGACAUCGCCGUCGCUUUUGGGUGGUCUUCCCGCGAUUCUGCAGUCGAGGGGAACAUUGGGAAUCUUCUGCGGUACACUUACCUUGGGCCCUACGAGUCCAACCUAGGCCUCUUCAAUAUAUCAAUCCCCGUACGAUUUCCGGCCGAUAUCCCCAAGGGUGAAGGUGUUAUCUCGGCAUCCAUCUUCAGUUUGCUACAUGAUCAAAAUGUUGCCCACUUAAGAAACUUCCAGAUCAAUGUCACCUUCGACGACAAGACCACCUCUCCUAAUUACGUCUUUCAAUGA